CAUCCGCGAAGAAGAGAAAGAGAACGCGAGGAGAAGAAAAAAAAGAAGAAAAAAGAAGAGAAGGAAAACAACUAAGCAGUGCAACGAAAAUAUAGAUCAUUAUAUCAUUUGUUUUCACUUAUUUCUAAUUCCACUUGUACCAGGUGUUCAUUUGGCAGAAUGGCAGCAGAAUGUUUGGGCAGCCUUGUUUCAAUCAACUGUGGUCCGACUUUGGGGAUGUACCAAGGAGAAGUGUCCUCGGUUGACCAGGCCCGUCAAACCAUCUCCUUGAAACAGCCGUUUCACAAUGGCAUCAAGUGUUCGGUGCCCGAGGUAACUUUCAGCGCUGUGGACAUCAAAGAUCUCAAGAUCUUGGAAAUCCGUAGCUGCUCCAAUGGAGUCACAAAGCGGAGUGUUGCUGAAUCCGGCUCCUCCGUACCCGGCUACACAGGACGCAAGGACAAAGGAGCAGGGAAUGGAGUCAACAGUGCGCCUGUAAACGUGCCCAAAGCUGAGCCCAGGCUUCAAGAUGGCGGCAUGUCUCCGUCACAGCACUACUCCAAGAGCUAUAUUGAGCGCCAUGUAGAGAUUGGCCAGAGUAAAGGCUUCAGACGAAGACACAACUCAUGGUCGUCCAGCAGUAGAGGUGUAAAUCAGGUCACGCCGAAGAAGAACGGCUCGAAGAAUGGUCAGAUGAAGAACAAAGACGACGAAUGUUUCGGUGACGGCAUGGACGACGUCCUAGACGAAGACUUUGACUUUGAAGGGAACCUGGCCCUUUUCGACAAAGCCGCCGUGUUCUCGCAGAUCGAAUCGUCAGACCGGCGAGGCAACGGCGCUCGGUCACGGGGAAAUCCCGUAGAGCAGACGCCCUCACGUUACCGACACGACGAGAACAUUCUGGAAGCCAAGCCUGUCGUCUACAGGCAGAUCAUAGUGCCUCAGUCAGGGGCAAAAGAAUAUAGCACUGAUUCGGGGCUGGUUGUCCCCAGUAUCUCAUAUGAGUUGCACAAGCGCGUGCUGAGCAUGGCUGAGAAUUACGGUCUCUCUCUGGAGCGCAGGCUGGAGAUGACCGGUGUGUGUGCCAGUCAGAUGUCUCUCACACUGCUCGGAGGCCCAAACAGGCUCACACCUAAAAAUUUGCACCAGCGUCCAACAGUGGCUUUGCUGUGUGGGCCACAUGUACAGGGAGCUCAAGGAAUCAGCUGCGGCCGCCACCUGGCCAACCAUGAAGUAGAGGUCGUCCUCUUUCUCCCCAACUUCGUAAAGAUGCUAGAAGCCAUCACCAGUGAACUCGCACUAUUCAGCAAGACGGGUGGCAAACAGGUUUCCAGCGUCAAAGAUUUACCAGAUACCCCAGUGGACCUGGUCAUAAACUGUCUCGACUCUCAUGAGAACUUUCUGAGGGAGCAGCCGUGGUACCGGGCAGCGGUUGACUGGGCCAAUCAGAAUCGAGCACCCGUGCUCAGUAUAGAUCCUCCCGUGAGCGGACAGGAGCAAGCUGUUGAGGCGAAGUGGUCCCUCUGCCUGGGCCUGCCUCUGCCACUGCCAGAGAGAGCGGGUCGAGUCUACCUGUGUGACAUCGGGGUGCCACGCCAGGUGUUUCAGGAAGUGGGCAUCAGGUACCACUCGCCGUUCGGCUGCAAGUUUGUCAUCCCGCUGCACUCAGCAUAAACAUACCUUAACCCGGACUGUAACGGGGCCAGGCACAGGGUCAAUGAGCCAGAACCUGCCUUAAAUCCCGCCGUGAUCAGAUGUUGGCGUGAGCUAGCGCCUUCUGUCGUGGUACUGAAUCCAGCAUCUUAUUUCUGUUGCAUUCUUCAAAGCUAUAUUCAAAUCCUGGAUGUUGAAUUGGGAAAAGGGAAAAACACUGAAGGAUACCCUCAGCUUAUGGUUCAGCCCUCUUUCGCUUUGUGUGCGUGUUUACUGUGGAACCAGCCUCUGACUCUUUGUGCGUUUUAGUUCGAAUUUAACAAUCUUUAAUCGAUCCUUUGUAGUCUUUACAGAGUACUGAUGUGGUUUGAGCUGUAGAGCAGCUCAGAUCUGUAGGGCAGCUCAGAUCAGUUUGCACAACUGUGAUAUUUCAUCUUAUUUAAUGCUGUGUAAAGAUGUCAUUGGCACAGAACCAGAACAAUUUUACUCGGGAUUGAACCAGUCUAAUUUCCCUUCGAUUCCUUUCGACAUUAUUUUGUGUUGAGAGAAAUUUAUUGAGUUUGGUUCCUCCUUGGAUGGGGAAAAAACAAUGUUGCAUAUGUUGUUGUAUUUUUUUUUUUUUUUUCUUCUUUUUCAAGCUUUUGCCAAAUGUGAUCAAAGUCAGCACUGAUUUGUGCAGAGUCUAAAGUCCUUGGGUUAUUUAAAGAGCUAAUCAAAAUUUUGUUUGACUCUGUUGCCCAGUAGGAUUCUUAACGAUAUAUUUUUUUUUUUUUAUUUUUAUUUUAUAUUUUUUUCCCCCUCAGAGUAUCAUAAUGACUCCUUUUAUUUGUAGGCCUGAAUGACAGACAAACACCAACAUUUCUUCUCACUUAUUCAGUUUAUUUCUCUUACAAGAGUUGUGGCACAGCUUCGAUACCUCUGAUGCAACAUUAUAACUUUUAAUAGAAAACAGCUACACAAAUACUAUGAUGUGGACUUUUAUAAGAGAUUCAUGAUAAAAACAUGCUGUCAUGUUUCAAGCUUUUUGUAUUUGAAGUUGAACUGUUUGUUUAAUUGGAGUUCAGUCUACAAAUUGGUUGUUUGAGGAAUUGUUAAAUGUUUUUACUGUGUCGGUCUUAUUUACUGAACGAUGCAUUGUUUUCUUUACCCUUAUUACUUUUUGUAGAAACAAUCUUUUUGUAAUUUUAUGACCUGCCUUCUUUUAUAGGUUUUGCCUUACCUUUCCUCCAAGCUCAAUUGUUUUGUCUUGCACUGUAAAGAUACUAGUGAAUAGAUUGGACGGACACAGAACCCAGCAUUACACGCAAGCAGGAAUGUGUCCAGGUAUUAAAGAUAUCGUGUCUGAUACAUGACUGAAGUCUGAUUUAAGGAGACACUGGUACUGGGUUUAUUCAUCUCUCUGGGUUUCCAGUGUCCUCAGCAUUAAAGUGGCUGUAUGGGAAUUCCUGGAUAGGUGACUUAUUGUAAAAUUAUAUGUAAAUUGUAUACGUUUGUGGUUAUAGACUGACGAGAAAAUGUAUACAAAAUGCUUCUUCAGUGGGUGACAAUGAUCAUAUGUUGCAUAUCGUUGCCUAGUUCGCAUCAUAGGUGCACUCGCCAGUUGUCAAGUAGCUUAUAUUAACCGAUUGAUAGGCUGACUGAUAUUGGUAGUCUUUAAAACGAGCAUGGUGUUUAAAGAAGUUAACGAAGAAUCCUUACUGAGUUGGGAGGAAAAUUUAUAAGAAUGAACGUUCCAACGUUAUGCCUGUUAUUACAUUAAAAGACCAGGAGGCAGUAGUAAAAACGUUGUACAAAAGUGCCAAAUGUGUCGCUGAGUUGAAACCUAGACGUUUGUAACAAUUCAGCUGCACUUGCACUAUCUGUCCUGAAGCACAAGGUAUUAGCUCAGUGUCAGAAAGCAGAGACAUUCAAAAGGAAAAACGUAGCUAUAAAAAUUGGUUUCCGCUGUUAGAGUUCUUUUCGUUCUCUAAUUCGCAGCAAUGCAGCCAACGGGGUUUGCGUUUUUGCCUUGUCAUUGUUGACUUAUUUGCAUUUAUUAAAUCUUGAAAGAACAUUGAAUCUAUGCAGAGAUUAGGGAAAGUAGAAUUGGCAUUUAGAGCUGACUUGUAUCUGAGCUGACCAGCUUUUAACUGGCCUUUAUAACAAAACAUUCUGGCAACAUUUACAGCAUUAAGAAAUGUUUACAGUGCUUAGUAAGCAAGAACUCUGAGAACUGUAUCUUUCUUAUAUUCCUAAAACAUAGCAUUGGUCAUUUCUUUGCAUUUUAUUAGUUGCAAUUUUUUUUAAUUAAUUUUCCCCUUGAUAUUUAAAGUGUUGGAAACCUGAAAUGAAGCUAGAAGUGAUGAGAUUAUUAUUAUUUUGGUGUGGUUUAUUUUCAAACCAUUCAGCUUUGAAUCACUCCAGAGGAUAUGCCUUUUUUUGGGCAGUAUCAGUGUGUUAUCCCCUAAGCACUGAGUUAAGCAUAUUGUGUGCAAAGAAAUGCACUUGUACCAUUCCAGGAAUGUGUUGUUUAACUAACUUUCUUUUUUUCCCAGAAAGGUCUGUUAACUGCAUUAUCUUCUAAAACAGAUCAAAAAUAUUUACCAUAUUUUUUUCUCCCACAAAAAAACUGAUGUUUUCUGUGGUUAUUGCAAUUGUUACAAGCCAAUCAGUUUUUUAAAAAUCUUUUUUUUCUUUUGCUUUCCUGUAUUGCAUUGAGACUGGGUGUUAACCUCCUAGCCAAUUAAAGCCAAUGUUCGUUAUAAUGUUGCCUUGUUAUGCAUAUAGUCGUGUUCACUGUUCAGGUUUAGGGCUCAUUUACAAAUGCUUAAUAUUUCGUCUUUUGGUUUUCUUUUUUUUUUUUUUUGCUUUCCACCGUGUCAACAAAAAUGACUAUUUUACUCUCCUGGUUCAUUGUUUGGAACAUAAAUCAAUUGCAAUGAUUUAGUUUGUUACUUCUGUGGCUUGGUUUGGAAACGGAAACCUUAUUAUUUCCAAGUCACUGAUGAUGUAUAACAUCAAUGUUUAUAAAAGUGUGGGGUCAACACAUUAUUGUUGACUUAAUCCCUCAAUUCUCUCAGUUGAAAUGUUGAAAACUUGAGAAUGAAUAAAGACAGUCUUAACUGCAA